UUUGGUUAUCAUGAGCCAGAAGAACAUAACAAUGCAGUUUGAAAAAACAACUUUGCUGACGACGUUCACAUGUGAAAACGAUCGUUCAAAUAAUUCACUAAGAAAGUCUAACGAGAGAAGGACGACUUUAUCAUUCCACGACAGUACUGUACCAAGAACUUUCACCACGAAGAGGAAGAUGAAUCCAAAGAACAAUAAUGAUGUUGGGUGUUGGAGGACAGCUUGCCAAACGUGGAGGAGAGGUUGUACAUGUACAUCGAGGACAUACAGUCAAGCAGUCACACUUUUUGUACUAUUACUUAUUUCAGGACUCAACAUCAGCACAACCGCAGCAGAGAAAUACAUCGACAUCGAUGCCUACAUCAGAUACAACUCCGUCUCCAACGCCAGCCUCAACCAGCUGAGGGGUGCGGAACAGGUGUUAGAAUUCAGCUUCCGGUACUGCCAUGACCCUGGGAUGCUGAUUUACCAGGAGGGGGGCAACACGGAGGCCCAGAGGGACCUGUUCUUCGCCCUUGGGGUCAAUAAUCAGAGGCUGUACCUGGAGUGGAAGGUGGAGGCUGAUUCACUGGUGGAGCUGUAUAUUGGGGACGGUACAUUACAACCUAAUGUGACUUACAGCGUAGCCAUCUUCAAUCUUGGUAGUGCCUUCCCCGGGACGACCUUUGCCACCAUCAACAACAUGGGAGCACCGGUCAAUUACUUGACCCCCGAAUCUCAGAGUGCCCUGGACGUCAGUCGAAUACUGGGAGAGCUCUACAUUGGAGGCUACAGUGAUAUCAACGACUUACGGGUGAAUACGGAGAGGCUAAAUGGCUAUCUGGUGACCUGUAUCGGCUACAUCAAGACCACCUCCAAUCUCCUUGAUCUUGACGCCGCCUCCAGUCUCGUUGGUAUCAAGGAGGGGUGUCCCGAGGACUUCUGCGCUCCUCCUACCGUCAUCACCCUCCAGACCAGCUCCUCGUACCUCUCGGUGGACCAGGACCUCACCCCGGGGACCCACACAGUCCUGACGCUGAGGUUUAGAACAAGGGUCUCUACAGGAAUGAUCGUCUACUUCGGAGGACCAGCCUACCUGACCCUGUACAUGAAAGAUGGCAGACUUGUCCUUGGUUUGAAUACACGGGGGAUCGGAGAAGGGACCUUUGCCACGUCAAGCGUCUCUGGUUUUGAUGAUGGAGAAUGGCACUAUGUGAGGGUAAGACGAGAUGGAGCCGUGGCAUCUCUGGAGGAUGACACAGGAUUGGAGCUUGGUAGAGUCACUUAUUCUGGUUUAGCCCAGACCCUGAAUGCCGGAGAGCUGUUCAUCGGUGGCGUCCGAGAAGCCUCCUCCAUCACCCAGCCCUUCCCAGACUCUGAUCUGCCGUCAUUGAGGGCAUGCUUCGAAGAGCUGCGCUUUGUUACCUACAGUAUCUCCUCUGAACCUCCAGAGCUGAUCGACUUUGAUACCCAGUUCACAUCAGAAAGGAAUGUCACACACGGUGGCUGCUACCCCUCCCAGCUGUGCGAGCCGACCUGCCCCGCCCCCUCCCAGACGUGUGACUUUGAAUGCAGCUGUGCCCCUGGGUUCCGUCAGGUCUCCAGCGCCCCCCUCACAUGUGAGAACAUCAAUGACUGUGAACCAGAUCCUUGUCUUAAUGGUGCUACUUGUAUGGAUGGUAUACAGGAUUACACGUGUCAGUGUACAUUAGAAUUCAACAAAGGAAAGAACUGCUCCAUUCCAAACUUCUGCAUCCCCAACCAGUGUCAGAACGGAGCAACCUGCAAUGACAAUAUAGAUGGGUUCAACUGCACGUGCCCGGCAGGGUUCGAAGGUCAACUAUGCCAGACUGAAAUUGACGAGUGUCUCAGUGACCCCUGUCAGAAUGGAGCUAUGUGUGUCGACCUGGCCGCUAGCUUUGACUGCAAUUGCCUACCAGGUUACACUGGAGAUCAAUGUGAGCUUGAGAUCGAUGAGUGUGCCUCCAGCCCCUGUGCUAAUGGAGCUACUUGCAAUGAUUAUCUGAACUACUGGAACUGCACCUGUGCACCGGGAUGGCAAGGGAGUCGUUGUACAAGGAACAUCAACGAAUGCGCCUCCGACCCAUGCCUCAAUGGAGCAACAUGCCAGGACGUCGUCAACUCGUACAUCUGUGACUGCACGCCUGGUUGGGAGGGUGUGCACUGCGAAGAAGACAUCAACGAGUGCGACUUCGGCUUCUGUCAGAACGGAGCGACCUGCUCCCACGGGAUCAACUCCUACACAUGCAUGUGCCCUGAGGGAUGGGAGGGGAAGAACUGUUCUGUGGAGAUUGAUGAAUGCGCUUCACAACCCUGUCAGAAUGGAGCAACCUGCGAGGAUGCAUUCCUCCGCUAUGCCUGCUAUUGCGCCCCAGGAUUUACUGGUGUUCACUGUCAAGAAGAUAUCAAUGAAUGUGCCUCGGACCCUUGCUUGAACUCUGGCACCUGCGUUGAUGAGGUCAAUGGUUAUCACUGUGAAUGUCCGCCCAUCUGGUCGGGUGUCAACUGUGAGGUCGAACGAGACGAAUGCGAGUCGAAUCCCUGCAGGAAUGGAGCGACCUGUAAUGACCUGGUUGGCUUCUACACCUGCGACUGUGCACCUGGUUUUGAAGGGGUGAACUGUGAAGGGAACGUGGAUGAGUGCGCCAGUUUCCCGUGUCAGAACGGUGCCAUUUGCUUGGACGGUGCCAACCGCUUCUCCUGCCGAUGUGCGCCGGGUUUCAUGGGUGUUCUCUGCGAGACGGAGAUCAACGAAUGCUUGUCGACGCCUUGUGUUAAUGGUGCUACCUGCCGAGACCUUGUCAAUAUCUUUGUCUGCGAUUGUCCUUCAGGAUAUGCUGGGAUCUUCUGCUCGCAAGAUAAAGAUGAGUGUGCCUCGCAGCCUUGCCUCAACGGUGCCACCUGCAUUGACUUCUUCAACCGGUAUGAGUGCGAGUGUGCACCAGGGUUCGAAGGAACACACUGUGAUAUCAACAUCGACGAAUGCGUGGUUGACAACCAAUGCCUGAAUGGCGCAACGUGUGUCGAUGGAAUAAACAGCCACACUUGCCUCUGUGGCCAGGGAUUCACAGGUACCAUUUGUGAGCAAGAUAUCAACGAGUGUCUUUCAUUGCCUUGUGCCUUUGGAGGACAGUGCAACAAUCUUCCUGGAGCAUUCUCCUGCGAUUGCCCUCCAAAUUUUACCGGAGUGCAGUGUGAAAUGGACGUGAACGAGUGCCUUCUAUCCAACGGAGGAUGCCAUCCUACUCAAACCAAAGUGUGUAAUAAUACCUUUGGAGGAUUUCAGUGCUUAUGCAGUCCAGGUUUUGAAGGAGAGCUUUGCGACAUCAACAUCAACGAGUGUGCCAGCAACCCUUGUCUCUUUGGUGGGGACUGUGUGGACGGUCCUAACUCCUACUCCUGCCGCUGUGGGUCAGACUUCAUAGGAAGCCAAUGCCAGGCCCUGGUCAGGCAGUGUAACUUCAAUCCCUGCGGGUUCAACUCUGUCUGCGUGGAAACUCCUUCAGGGGGUUAUACCUGCUACUGCCAGCCAGGCUACUAUGGAAGCGACUGCAUGAUGCAGAUCAAUGAAUGUAACUCAGACCCCUGUGUGAAUGGCGGCCUCUGCGUAGACCAAAUAUAUGGUUAUAACUGCACCUGCCUCUCAGGAUAUGAGGGAAUCAACUGCCAAAUCGACACCCCAGAGUGCGCAAGCUUUCCCUGCCAGAAUGGAGGCUACUGUACAGAACCCAAUGUGAAUGUCUACAAUUGUCAGUGUAUACCAGGCUUCGAAGGGAUCAACUGUGAGAUUAACAUCGACGAAUGCUCCCUCUUUAAUCCAUGCGAGUAUUACCAGAUAUGUGUCGAUGGGAUCAACAGCUUCCGAUGCCAAUGUCCCUAUGGUUUUGAAGGACCUGUGUGCGAGUUUACCAUCAACUCUUGCUACAGCAACCCUUGUGUUAAUGGAGCUAUUUGUACGGACGGUAUAUACCGCUACGACUGUACCUGCCCUUAUGGAUAUACUGGAAUCAACUGCCAGAUCGAUACAGAUGUGUGUGACCCACAGCCUUGCUUCCAUGGGGGUUCAUGUGUCAGGUUCCCUAACAAUGGGCUGUACUUCACAUGUCAGUGUCCAGUGGGAUUCACAGGUCCACAUUGUGAGGGUGACAUUUACGACUGUUUGUCGGACCCCUGCCAGAACAGUGGAACGUGCGUGGAGAACACCAAUGGGAUAUCAGGGUUCAAGUGUGAAUGCCUACCAGGAUACGUGGGCCAUUUCUGUCAGGAGGUAUACGUUCCUUGUUCAUCGGACCCAUGUAUGAACGGCGCCACUUGUCAGAAUACAACACAAGGUUUUGAAUGCAUCUGUCUUGCUGGUUGGACUGGCAUGGUGUGUUCAGACGAUGUGAAUGAGUGCGUCACGUUGCCCUGCGAGAACACCGGCGUGUGCAACAACAUGAGAGGAUCCUACCAGUGCAUCUGCGGUUCAUACUGGAGCGGGGUCCACUGCCAGAAUGACGUCUUAGAGUGCGCAGCCAUCCCCCCUGUCUGUCAGAAUGGGGGUCUAUGCAAGGAACAGCCAGGGGCGGGACCAAUCUGCGAGUGCAUCGCGGGCUUUGAGGGACCCACCUGUGACACAGAGAUCAACGAGUGCAUGUCUGGGCCAUGCAUGAAUGGUGCUACCUGCUAUGACUUGGUGGGGAGCUUUUUCUGCGAUUGUGUCCCAGGUUAUGAAGGAUCGUUGUGUCAGACUAACACCAAUGAAUGCGAGAGCUCUCCAUGUCAGAACAAUGCAACCUGUAGGGACCUUGUCGAUGGCUAUGUCUGUACCUGUGUGGAUGGUUUCAAUGGUACAAACUGUGGGUCAGAGUUGGACGAAUGCUCCUCUGAUCCCUGCGGCAAUGGAGGGACCUGUAUCAAUGAGAUCAAUGGAUACAUCUGUAAUUGCGCCCCAGGAUUUGAAGGAAUUCACUGUAUGGUGGAGAUAGACGAGUGUGCUUGUAACCCCUGUCUUAAUGGAGCCUACUGCGUGGAUCUUGUAGAUGGGUAUAACUGCAGUUGUUCAACUGGUUAUCAAGGGUUAAUUUGUGAUCAGGAGAUCGACGAGUGUUCAUCAAGUCCAUGUGUCGCUGGAAUUUGUCACGACUUCCUGGAUUUCUACAACUGUACAUGUGAGCCAGGAUACGAAGGUUCGCACUGUGAGUUAGACAUCGAGGAGUGUGCCUCAAACCCCUGCAACAAUGGAGCCACCUGCCUGGAACCCCAGAUCAACAUGUACCGAUGCAGCUGCGCCCAGGGUACCUUAGGUCCCCUCUGUAGCACCGUCAGUCAGGCAAGCUUCACAGGCUCGGGCUACAUCCAGCUACCGCCCCUGGCCCAGCUGGCCCUUGAAGGCACAGGUAGCGGUGGAGGCGUCGGCAGGCGACGCCGUGCCGUGGAUAGUGUCACCAUUGAACUGAGCUUUGUGACCACACUGUCAGCGGGUGUUCUAUUUUACAAUGAAGGGUUGCAGGCUAAUGGCUUCAUUGACCACCUUGCUCUUGAGUUGUACCAAGGGUCAUUGGUAGCAUCCAUGAAUGUCGGCAGUGGGUCCGUUGCAGCAACUGCCAGUGGAAACCUGAAUGAUGGUACACCACACAAGGCAGUACUGACCCUUGAUAGGACUACGCUCUCAGUGACCAUUGAUGAGGGUAACUGCCCAGAGGUCCCAUGCUCGGUCAGCGUCCAGCCGACUGUCCCGGGAGGCCCUCUUGAGUUGAACAAGGCUCUGAACGUUGGUGGUAUCGGUCAAGACGCAUCUCCUUACAUCGUGUCUAAGUUACAAUCUGUGGAUAGCUUCAUUGGCUGUAUACAGGAUUUCAAAGUCCAAAACCACAUGCAGAGUUUGUCACAAGUUGGUCCCACCAACCCCUCCUCACCCAACCCCACUGCUGCUGGAGCCGCCUCGGGUCCAAGUCCUGGCUGUGUCGUAUUCACCCCUUGCCAGAACUCCCUCUGUCAAAAUGGAGGCACUUGCAAUGAUUUUUGGCUGUCCUACAAGUGCGCCUGCCCUCUGGGUUUCGAGGGUACCUACUGUGAGAUCCAGACGUUGGCCAGCUUCCUGCCUGAUCAGUUCCUACACUUCGGAGUGGAUGCAGCAGGUUUGGCUGCGGAUGGGGCCGUGGAGUCGAUCAAGUUCUCCUUCACGGCGGGCAGCCCAGACCAAGGGCUCAUACUGUACAUGCCAUCUGGCCUGACUGUCUCCCAGGCUGGUAAUGCCUCAGUGAUCAUCAAGUUCUUGAGACUUGGUGGAGUGCUGUCUAGUGAGAUCACCAUUCCAAUCAGUGAUGGGCGAUGGUAUUCACUGGAACUCAGUAUCGUUGAGCAGCUCCAGCUAGUGAUCGAAGUGACUGACAUGGAAUCUGGAGCAGUCCAGCAAGGUACCAUAUUGGCACCGCCCUCUGUUGACCUCGCAAUGCCAAUCCUUUUCGGAAAGCUACAUCCAGGCGGUGUCUUUGUGCCCCUGUCAUCUACUCUGCCAGCAACAUCAAGUUUCACUGGAUGUAUCCGAGACCUGUCAGUCAAUGGCAGAGGGGUGGAGCUUCAGCAGGCCACGCCCUACGGGUCACGCAGUGACCCCCCUCAAGCAUCCCCUGGGUGCCCUAGGGAGGGCCACUGCUUCCCCUCCCCCUGCCAGAAUACAGGCACUUGCCAACCCAGCUGGGAGGGGUACACCUGUGACUGUACCCCGGAUUUCACAGAGCCGAAUUGUAAUGAAGCCACAUCCUCCACCUACAACGGUGCCUCAAGCUACACCCGGUUAGUCUUGGACUCUGGCGUCAUCCCCUUUGGGGACCGUUUCUCGGUUGAGUUCCGUACCAGGGACAGGUCCGGUAUCAUCCUGCUGAUGCGGUUCUUCCAUCUCAGUGAUGGGCAGGUGGACGACAUGGUGCUUCUCAUCGUUGAUGGCUCCCUCCAACUACAGACCUACUUUGAAGCAGACCUGAAGACCCUGGUCAUCUCUGACAACGUCACUGAUGCUGAGUGGCAGAGCGUUUCCAUCGAUAGACACCAGUCCUACGUCACUGUGUACCAUGGGGCACAGAAUUACACCCUCCAAGGGAACUUCCCCAUCCACAGUGGCACAAGGAACCCCAUCGUUGCUAUGCUACUAGGAGGGACAAACACACCAGGCUCUCCACCAGAUAUGUUCCUGCAGGGUUGUAUCCGCAACCCGACGGUCAACGGUCAAAGACUCCACUACCUCUCGGACCAGACCAACCCCCAACCGGGUCUGACGGUCAACCGACUUAGCGUCCAGACCGGCUGUAACUCGCUGGACGCCUGUAAUCCAGACCCCUGUCCAGUGACGGCCUACUGCAUUGACCUGUGGAACGCCCAUCGGUGUGACUGUAGGGAUGGCUGGGAGGGAGUAAACUGUGCGAGCAGUGUGGAUGACUGCAUAGGUAACCAAUGUCAGAGAGGAUCAACCUGUGUUGAUGGUCACAUGAACUAUACCUGUACCUGUCCCGCUGGCUUGACUGAUCGUUUAUGUAAUACGGAGAUCAAUGUCUGUGAAAAUGACCCCUGCAAUGCGGACACUACAGUUAGCUGCACCCAUGUUUUCCCACUGGACUUCACAUGUACCUGUCAACCUGGUUUCACGGGAAAGACCUGUCUGACCGAUGAACGAAUCUGCACACAGAACCCCUGCGUGAAUGGUGGGGCCUGCGCUCAAAACUAUGAGAAUACAGAGUACAAUUGUACAUGUCCGGAUUUCUAUGAAGGAACGAAUUGUGAGAUCUUCAAUCCCUGUUUUCAACAUGAAUGUGUUAAUGGUGCUGAAUGCAUAAGGAAUGAUUCAUUUUACCUUUGCAACUGCCAGGAUGGGUUUUAUGGGAACUUAUGCCAGUUGACUGAUGCCUGUUUUGCAGAUCCAUGCCAGAAUGGAGGCAUGUGUCAUAGAGAUGGCAACAGCUACACAUGCCAGUGCAGCCGUUACUACAGAGGGCGCAACUGCGAAGAGCCUAUCAACCAGUGCGACGUCAAUCCCUGUGCUAAUGGAGGCUCUUGUUUCCAUGAUCUGCAGAUGCCUGAGGUGAACUUCACCUGUGUUUGCUUGGCUGGGUACACAGGAGACCUGUGUCAGUUUGACAUUGCAGAGUGUGUGUCCAAUCCUUGCAAAAAUGGAGGCACUUGCAUGGAGAGUUUGACCCCAGGACAACAUUUCUUUGUGGGUUACUUCUGCCAGUGUGUUCCAGGUUACACAGGAAUCCACUGUGAAACAGACAUCAACGAGUGCAGCAGCUCACCGUGUACUAAUGGUGGAACAUGUAUUGAUAUGGUGAAUCAGUACCAGUGCCAGUGUCCGAUGCAUUUUGCUGGGACAAACUGCCAGCUUGAUCAAAGAACGUGUGAUUUGGGUCUGUGUCAGAAUAAUGCAACAUGCACGGACUCUGUGAAUAAUGGCUUUGAGUGCAGUUGUCUUCUGGGUUAUGGGGGAACUCUCUGUGACAUGAUCAUCAAUACAUGUGCAAACAAUCCUUGCCUGAACGGGGGAAGUUGUAAUUACAUUGGGCCAUGUGACUGCACCAUGGCACCUGUAGGCUUGACGGCUUGCGGGCAGAACGAGCAAUGCCAGCGCAACCUAUGCUCCCAGGCGCAGGACUGCAGCGUUACUACGGAUGCCUUCACCUGCCAUUGCACAGACACUGGAUACGAAGGUCGACUCUGCGAGGAGGACGUCAACGAAUGCCUCACGCCUGGUGUAUGCCUCAACGGAGGUCAGUGCAUUAAUGACAAUGGGUCCUUCUCCUGCAACUGCUCCGGGACAGGAUUCACCGGUGAUUUCUGCACCAGGAACAUUGACGAGUGCGCAACCCAACCCUGUCUCAAUGGAGCCACCUGCAUUGAUAACAGACCAUUCUUUGAAUGCAAGUGUGCUUCUGGAUAUGAGGGGCGACUGUGCGCGUUUGAUUCGGAUGAAUGUGCCAGUGAGCCGUGCCAGAAUGGAGGGAAGUGUCAGGAUAGAGCGAAUGGGUACACCUGCGACUGUGUAGGAACAGGAUACGAAGGGUCUCAAUGCAUACAGGAUGUCAACGAGUGUGACAUUGGACAAGCUGAAUGCCAGAAUGGAGGUUCAUGCAGGAAUUUAGCAGGGACAUACGAGUGUAGAUGCACAGAUCAAUUUACAGGCUCACAAUGUGAAACCAAAAAGGCAGCAGUGGCAUCCAACCAGAUCGUGAUCAUAGUCCCGCUUGUGAUCGUGUUGGUUCUCCUGGCCGUACUCUUCAUCUGUGCAUGGUGGUACCUAAGGCAAUCCAGGAAGAUGAAAGGCAAGUAUAACCCAGCCAAAGAGGAGUUAGAUGGAGGCAUGCCAUUGGCUGCUUUUGAACUGGAGACAGAUGAGAGGCUUAUAUGAACGCUUCUGAUUGCUGGAUUUGGGAAGGUGUUGGGCUAAGCCAAAGAGGAGUUAGAUGGAGGCAUGCCAUUGGCUGCUUUUGAACUGGAAACAGAUGAGAGGCUUAUAUGAGCGCUUCUGAUUGCUGGAUUUGGGAAGGUGUCGGGCUAAGCCAAAGAGGAGUUAGAUGGAGGCAUGCCAUUGGCUGCUUUUGAACUGGAACCAGAUGAGAGGCGUAUAUGAUACCCUCUGAUUGCUGGGUUAAGAAGACAAUUCAUUGAGCCAAGAAAGAUGUUGGUGGAGGUAUAUAACCAGCUGCAUUGGAGAUCAAUUAAAAGCUUUUUAAGAAUGUUCCUCUUUGGUAAAUUCAGUAGGGGGAGUCACUUGGCCAAAUGGAUAAGAUACACGGAAGCUUCCCACUGGCUACAUUGGAACCAGAUGUGAUGAUAGCUUUAUAUCAGAUCAUCUCAUUGGCUGAUUAAGAAAUGCCAGGACUCCAAAGUGCAGUCUGAGCUUGAUAGAGAGUGACAAAAAGUGAUAUGGAUUUAAUACUGGACAACUGUGAUAGUGGAGGCUACUAUAACUUUCACAUGUUCAUUUGACCAAUGGCUAGAAUGAGGUUUAUAUUUUUGUACUAGAACUCAGGAAGGUGCUGCUAUUCAGUCAGGCAAAGAAACUACUUACUGAACAAGGCUGCAGAUUAAUUUCAUGUGUGACUUACUGGAUUCACAUUCAUUGGCUCCUCCUUGUGUUGCAUGCAAAGUCUAAAAUUUGCCCACUUCAUGAGAAAAAUCUUGAUGUGUUAUUAAACUUUGGAAAUAACACGAGGUCUGGAGAUUGCUGAUGUAUACAACUCUGUUAGAUCCCUUGUUGACCAUACAUUGUGAGACAAACAAAUAUCAUUAGCUAUAUUAUUUUCGAAGCUUUGUGUUGUUUAUCAAAGAUUUGUUUUGAUUCCUGGAAUCGAUAUCAUUUAUGCGAUGAAGAUGUUGGAAUGUGAUUAAUUGGGGAGGGAGUGAUGAAUUUUAUUGAUAAAAUAGAAUGCGACUAGAUACACUAAUAUUUUGUGAAACAGUAUUUUACAUAUGCAUGUUCAUGUACUUUACUUCAACCGCUUAAAUGCAAUAUGCAAUUUGCGGUACAGAAAUAUCUUAUUAAUAUUAUUGCAGGUCAGACUUGUAAGGCUGAAUGAAGUUGGUGCUCUUUUUUUAAACAUUCAAUAUCACCUUGUACGCUAAACAUACGUUUUCGUUGCCCUUUUCUUUUCUUUUUUUACUGGAAUGCAUACACAUACAAGGGAUUGCUAAGUGUAAGACAUUUUACAGUAUUUUUUAUUUUCAGAUUUUUCCUUUUCUUUUUAAGCAGUAUGUCUUUCAGAAGCUCAUUUAAAUUCACCUUGAUAAUUUGUUUACAUAUUACCAAUGCAAUAGAAUAUGCCUUCCAUUUAAAGUGAGUUUGCCAUUAUUUAUUCAAAGCUUCUUUUUUAAUCCUAUUAUUAACCUGCCUUUAUACUUAAUAGAUAAAAAAUAUAUUCUAGUUUUGCAUCUUCAAAACAUAAAAUUCAUUUUAAUUGGUCAAUUGAAGUUUUAUUUUUAAUGAAUGAAAAUCAUAAUUUGAAAAGGUGAUGUUUUUUUUUAUUCUAGCUGUGCAUCAUGUAAAAAUUUAAUUCUGCUUUUGUAAGGCUAAUAUUUCAAUUUUUUUUAAUGCUAUUCCAAAGGGGAAAUUUCCCCUGCUACUUUUAUGAAGAAUUUUAUGGAAUAACUCCAUUGCCAUGAAAUCAUAUAUGUUUAGUGAUGAAUUUAAGAUGAGGAAUUGUUUGGCGGUCCCGAUUUUUGCUCAAACAUGAAUAUCUGAAGUAUGACAUUGCGAAAAAAAUGUAUAGUAAUUCACUUAAUGGGUUAGAUUCAUAAAAGUAGUUUCUAAAUAACAUAAGGAUUAGGAAUCCUUUAAAAAGGGGAUAUUUUGAAGGAAAGAAAAAAAAAAUCAUUAUUGUGAAUUAGUACAUGUGGAUGUCAACAGAAAUUGUGUAUUUUGUUAAAAGAAUAUUUUCUUCCAUAAUACAGUAUGUGCAACUUGUAUAUUUCUCAUGCAUUUUCCACCUUUUUUUAAUGGACACUUUCACCUUGGUAAUUAAGCAAUAUCAAGUAAGAUUUUCUUUAUGCAAGUUUACAACUUUGGUGGCAAUAUAUUCACUGAAACUUUCUUAAAUAGAAAGAGAAUCAGGAAUACGACUUAAAUUUGACAUGCAUGGUGUAAUUUGCCCAAAUGUCUACUUAUUCAUGGCAUAUUCAGGCUGCAUAACAACAGGACUUAUUUGCUGGAUAUCUAUAAUGUUGUAUCUUUUUAUUCAGUCAAUUUAGUUCAUGAAUCCUGUAUUACAAUUAAUUUUAAAAUUGCCAUUGUAUUUAUAUUCAUGGUGUAUUUAUUGAUGAAUUGUUGCAUUCAUACAGACUUCUUAAAUAAGAUGAUAAUUUACAAUUUACUGCACAUCUGUGAAUCUUUAAUGGGCUAUUCAAUGUUUUAAUAAAAGCUGUCAUAGCUUUCUAUAUUCAAACUUUCAAUAUUAUGAAAUGUUACUUAUUUAGGAGAUUUAUAGUGGAAUAUUCAAAAGCCUUAUCAAAGUUAUUUAUUCAUAUGACUUUAUAGUUGAUUGAGGAAUAUGAUAUUGGAAUUUUGUGAUGAAUGUGUGCAACUUAUGUAUCCUGAUUACUCACAUUUUCCAAAUAGUAUUUAAUCUUCUGCUAGUCGUAAUAUGCAUUUUAUUGUGUGAUGUGAAAUGACAACAACUCUAUUACUGUUUAUAUUUUGUGUAUGAUUAAAUUAUUUGUAUAUAUGACAUGUAAACUAUCCACUUUUUAUAUGUAGGUAUUUACAGGUAGGGGAAACAAAUAGAAAUGUGAUUCCAUGCGAAGUGUGAAUUUGUGAUUGUAUUUGCAAUUGUGACUCCAUAUGAUUGCCAUGAUAAUGCUCAGUUAGAUGAAAACAGAGUACUUAUUUUGUAGCCCAUGAAUAAUCUUAAUUCAUAAUAACUAUCUGUUGAUAUUGUUUUUUAAAUGUGCUUUAUCUUUGCAGAUAAAAUGCAUCGUACAUGUAACAACUGCUAUGUAAACGAGAGUAUAAAUUAAAUGUUCAUGUCUUUACUGAUGUCUUUCAUGAAUUAAUAAAAGAUAAAGUAUUAACAGCUUGAAUGGAAAUAAACCAUAAAAGAACUAGAAAAUUCCAGUUGAAGUUAUCGCAUAAACCACAAGUUAGUUUUUGUAGAAUUUUCUGCUGUUUCUUGUUAAAAUAAUGGAGUUAUAAACUAGUAUCUCUCUAGAGGAGUAUAGAAACUUGUCUCUCAAAGACAUACUCAAGAAUUUAUGUGGCCUUCGCUGAUUAAACUAUAAUUGCUACAGUUAUGAUCGAUGAAAUAUUAAGUAAAUUACCGUAAUCUUAUUUGCUUGCCUUUGUGUUUACAGUAUGCAUAAUGUCUUACCAGGAUAACAACAAAAUAACAGUAUUUAUUCAAAAUUUUCCUAAGCUGUAUCAUGAAGUGAAUAUUAAUUGUACUCUAAACAAAACAAAUGCUGAUGUCCUAGAGAUAUUGAUGUACAUUGAUGUAUAUUCCACACUGUAUAUUUUGUAAAUGAACUUGUAUAAAAGGAACUGUAAAUUGCACAUUUUUACAAGGAUGUAAAUAUAUGUCUAUCUAUAAAACUGCAACAA